AUGCUUUUGGCAUCUCUUAAAGGCGGUCUAAAAAGGAGUCACAAAGGCCUUAUCAAUGUACCUAAGCGGACGAAAGCGUAUACCAUAAAAUACCACAAGCAUGAUUGCUUGGUUCUUGGGGCUGGAGGUGCCGGUCUUAGAAGCGCCAUAGGACUUGGAGACGCAAAGUUUUCAGUGGCCGUCGUUAGCAAACUGUUCCCCACUCGAUCACAUACUAUCGCUGCUCAAGGCGGCAUGAACGCGGCUAUCGGAAGUAUGCACGCCGAUGAUUGGCGUUAUCAUUUCUAUGAUACAGUUAAAGGUUCGGAUUGGCUUGGAGAUCAGGAUUCAAUUCAUUACUUAACUCGCAACGCACCCCACUGUGUGUAUGAGUUAGAAAAUAUGGGGAUGCCAUUCUCGAGGACAAAAGAGGGAAAGAUAUAUCAGAGAUCGUUUGGCGGUGGUACUAUUGAGAGAGGGAAAAAAAUUGCAAAAAGAACUUGUGCUGUUGCCGAUCGAACUGGUCAUGCGCUGUUGCACACUUUAUAUGGCUAUAGCACAAAGUUUAAAAACGUUGAUUUUUUCACUGAAUUCUUCGUACUUGAUAUUCUCAUGCAAGACGGUGCAUGCGUUGGAGCUUUAGCUUUGGACAUGGAUGACAGCAGUCUUCAUUGUUUCCAAGCUCUGAAUACAGUAGUUUGCACGGGAGGAUACCCUCGGAUGUACUUUUCUUGUACCGCUGCCCACACCUGCACAGGUGACGGUUGUGCUAUGGCUGGAAGAGCUGGCUUUCCUCUUCAAGAUUUAGAGUUUAUACAAUUCCACCCCACUGGAAUGUAUGGAUCUGGCUGUCUUAUGACGGAGGGUUGCCGAGGUGAAGGUGGGUACAUUGUUAAUAGCGAAGGAGUGAGAUUCAUGGAGAAAUAUGCACCUAAAGCCAAGGAUCUGGCUAGCAGAGAUGUCGUUUCAAGAUCAAUUGCAACAGAAAUAAAAGAAGGAAGAGGGGUGGGCCCGAAGAAAGAUCAUGUGUUUCUUCAGCUUCACCAUCUCCCUGCAGAGACAAUAAGAGAGAAACUACCUGGUAUUUCGGAAACCGCGUACACUUUUACGGGAGCUGAUGUAUACACGCAACCCGUACCUAUUGUACCAACAGUACAUUAUACUAUGGGGGGUAUACCGAUAAAUUAUAAAGGAGAGGCUUUAGUCUACCAAAAUGGGAAGGAUAACGUAAUACCCGGCUUACAUGCUGCGGGUGAAGCAGUUAGUAAUUGCCAUGGAGCUAAUAGAUUGGGCGCGAACUCGAUCCUAGACGUCGUCGUAUUUGGAAGAUCUAUUGGUUUAAACAUAGCAAAGAUUGCUAAACCCGGGGCAAACCAACCUAAAUUAAAAGACGGUAUAUGUGACGCGAUUCUAGAUAAUUUUGAAACCGUUAAAGGCAGUAAUGGUUGCGUAGCGGUACAUGAACUUAGAGAAUCAAUGAGACACACGAUGCAGAACAAGUGUGGAGUGUUCAGAGAUAAUAAACUGUUGAGCGAAGCCAAUGAAGAAAUACAAAAAUGUUUUAAGCUCUUCAAAGAAAUUAGAGUUACGGAUCAAAGGAAAAACUGGAAUUCAGAUCUUAUCGAAGCUUUAGAAUUACAAAAUAUGGUACAAACCGCUGUCCAAGUUGUAGCCUGCGCUCUUAAUCGUAAAGAAAGUCGCGGAGCUCAUUUUCGAGAUGAUUGUCCUAAACGACUCGACGAAAUGGAUUAUAGCAAGGAUACUAAAGGACAAACCGCGAAGCCGAUAGACCAGCAUUGGAGAAAACAUAGCUUGUCUACAGUUGACUAUGAAACUGGCAAAGUCACUAUCACCUAUCGGCCAGUUAUUGACAAGACUAUGAAUGAUGAAGUUGAGACAAUACCGCCUGUACCGAGAGUGUAUUGA